GAUGCAUCAGGAGUGGAGCAGGAAGGGAUAACGAAGGACACGGGAGUGGAGAGAGACGCACACUCGCGAGAGGCAGGUACGCAGGCAGAGGAGCGAAGGCAACAGCAGCAGUUGGAGCAGGGAUCAGAUGAGAGGUCGGAGCAGCAGGCGAAUGCGUGCACGUCCACGGGUAAGUCGGAGCCAGUGCAGCUUCGGAGUGCGUCCAUCCUACACGGCCGGCAGCAGCACACACACCACUCCCCCCUCCUCCCACUCUCAUCUCACUCCCCUCCCUCCCCCCCGUCACCCCACUCGCCUCUGCACCCUCGCUCUCUCCAACUGCGCCUGGUGGGUGGUGAGACAAAGCCACAGGUGCAGCCAGCACUGCUGCUGCAGCAGCAGUGGCAGCAGCAGCAGCACUGCGGUGCAGGUGCUGCUACCACGUGGCGUGCAGCAGGCGACGGCGGUGAUUACAUCUCCAUGGAUGCGCACGAGUCACAUGGGGCGCUAUCCGCUCCGCGUGCUCCGGGCUCAGGGGGGUCGUUCGCUUACAGCGUGGCGCAGCGGCGGGAGGACGUGCAGCGCAUGCAGCGCGCGGUGCUGGAGGAGCUCGAGGAGGAGUGGCAGGCGGAGAAGCAGAGGGAUCGCGAGAGGGGGAGGGAGAGGGAGAGGGAGAGGGAGAGCGAGAGGGAGGACGGCAGCACACAGCAGAACCGAAACCUCCACAACCAGCAGCAGCAGCGGCAGCACCAGCAGGCGCAGCAUUGCGAUGGUUUAGGUGCAGCAUGCCAGGUGUGCGCCCGUGGUGCCUGUGACUGCUGCCCCCCUCUCCCGCACUCCACUUGCCCCUCCUCCUUCACCGCCCCCUGCCCCCACCACCACGCACCACCGUCGCUCUCACAUGCCCCUAGCAGCACGCCCCUACAUGCGCCCCACCCGCACCUGCCCUGCCCGCACUGCCUCCCCCUUGCGCACACCCAAAGCCAUCCACACGCCAAUCCUUAUUCUCGAGGUUCUGCCCACCAUGCACCCUGUGAUGCUGCUGCUGCGGGCGCCCAGCGCUACAACGUGGAUUAUGGUGAGCACUGUAGUGUGCCUUGCGCCCUCCCCGUUCCCUCUCCCUCGCCUCGCUCCAAUCCACCGCAACCACCCUGCUCUUGCUCCGCUGCCGCUGCUGCCGCUGCUUCCUCCACCUUCCCACAUUCGCUCCCCGCCCCUCUGCCUGCACUCUCUCCUCCGCCUGCCCACCCCUCCUGCUGCCCGCACCACAGUAAUAUCCCUCGUGGUCAUUAUCACCACCAUCAGCAGCAGCAGCCACAGCAGCCACAGCAGCCACAGCAGCAGCAGCAGCAGCACACGCACUCCCAUUCAUCCACCCACUCCUGCCGCCAGCUCUCCAACCCCCCAGACGUCCCCUUCCCCUCACCAUCUCCCCCACACUCGCUCCCCAAACCUCCCCCCCCACAAUCCCCACCAGCCAUCCUCCCUGUCUCCCACGCUGCCCCACGCCGCUCCUCCCAUGCAGCGCACCCCCCUCCGCCUCUUCCCCCUCGCAUCCCUUCCUUUCCCCCGCAUCCCUCCCACACUGCCGCUGCUGCUGCGUCUGCCUCUGCCGCGCGGCGCCUGUCCAAGGCGUCCAGUGCUCCCCAGCGGUCCCGGGUGUGGGAUAGCGUUCCCAGGAGCCCCUUUGGGGACAGGAUGGGGCUGCGGGGAGGGUAUUCCGUGUGGGAGGGCGAGGAGGGGGAGGAAGGCGAUGGAGAGGAUGCGGAAGAGGAGGAGUUCUGGGAAGAGGAAAGGGUGGGGGAGGGAGGAGGGGACGAUUGGAAGGAGGCGGGUGGGGAGGAUAGUGCUGGACGAGGAGGAGGAGGAGGGGGAGGAGGAUGGGGAGGGAACGAGUUGCGUGGAGAAGGCGAGGAGGAAGAGGAGUCCCUGCGUCUGUUGGCGAAAGGCGAGCUGCCGUGGGCUCACAGCCCUGUGGCGUUUGCUGCCGCUGCCUCCCACCGCGCUGCUGCCCUCACACGCUCCGUCUCGUCCUCGCCAUCCCUCGCUCUCUCCACUGGACUCGCCUCUGCACCUUCUGCACGAGUGGAUCACGUGCAGCAGCAGCCAUUGCACCACGCCGUUUCCCUAUCUCCCCGCCUGCCCACCCAUAGCAUCUCAGCAGCAGGUGGAGCAGCAGGGGUACCUUCUUUGCAGAAGCAGCAGCAGCACCACCACCACCACCAUCACCACCACGACCAGCAGCAGCAGCAGCAGCAGCAGCAUCAGCAGCUUUUCCCUCCCGCAGGGGCUCUCCCCCCCCUUCGCCGGGCAUGGACGGAUAACAACAACCCUACCACGCCCGAUAGUGAGACCGACCCAGCAGGUAGUAUCUUCGGGCUGCCUGGACGCAGUGGCGUGCGCACGUGGCAGGAAGGGAUGGUGGAGGAGGAGGAGGAGCUGCAGGACGAGGAGGAGGAUUUUGUUGAGACGAAUGGGUGGGAGGACGAGGGGGGCGAGGGGGGUGUGGGGAAUGGGGGGGAUGAGUGGGAGGUGGCGCUGCACGGUCAUGGAGCAGACAGGGCGAGGGGCCAUAGGGGGAGGAGGGAGGGUGGGAAGGGAAGCAUGGGCAUGGGGAGGGGAGCGGGCAGUGGUAUGGUGGGUGCUGCUAGGGGAAUUGGCAGUGGGCGUGUGCGUGACGUGCAGCAGCAACAAUAUCAGCAGCAGCAGCGGUACCAGCAGCAGCAGCAGCGCCUUGAAAGGGAGGCGCCGUUCCGAAAGGCAAGGAGUGUGCCGAAGCGGCUGCUGAACCAGGUGUCUCUGGCAGGGGCGGGGGCAGGGGGGUCGCCACAGCACGGCAUGCCAGGCAUGGGAUCGGCCAUGGCGGGUGGCAGCACAGGUGCCACUGCAGCGGUGGGGGCGGGCAUGGGAGGGCCGUGUCGCACUCUCUCCUGGGGCGUGGACGUGCAGUCGCGGCAGCGCGGCACUGGCAGCACUGCGCCCUACCUGCCUUCUGCAGCGCCGUCCCCAUGCUCCCACACACUGCACCCCCACCUGGCACCGCAUGACUCUGCGUGCUCGUACCCCUCACACACACUCCAACCCGCUCCUCCCAGCAGGCCUAAACCCGUGCUCCCUUACUCCACGCACUCCCUUCCCUCCCCGUCCCAGUCCCCACGCUCCUCCCACUCGCUCUCCCCCCACUCCUCCAUGCCUCUGCCCUACCACCAGCUCCCCUCCCCGCGCGCCGCCCAUCCCAGUGGCUUCUUCCCGCGCCGCACGCGCACGCUCUCGGGCCUCCCGGACACCGUCCCAGAGCAACACACUGCCUCCACGCUCCCCCCCCUCGCCAACCCCGCCUCCUCUUUCUCUCCCCACUCGCUUUCCCACUCUUACUCUCACUCCCAUUCUCACUCUCACUCCCACUCUCACUCCUCGUCGCCCUCUCUCCCCUCACCCCGCUCCUUCACCUCCAACCAGCUGCAGCGGCCCCACUUCCCUCCCUCCUCCUCCCUCCCAGCCGCUACCCAAGCAGGCGUGUUCUCCCCCCCUCCAUCUCCCAAGCCCUCUGUGCUGCGACAGGGGGGGUUCCCCCUCGUUUCCCCUAGAGCGACUCUUGGUUUCAACCCCGCCUCUGCUGCUGCUGCUGCUCCUACUGCAGCUGCUGCUGCUCGAGGUGGUGGUGCAGCAGGGAGGGGGCUGGUAGGAGGCACGGCAGGGCAGCCCGUCGUGAGAGUCAAACCUUUGCUGCUGCCAAACCUGGGGGCGAAAGACGGCGGGAGGGACGGGAGGGCCUUGCGAAACACAGGGACGUGUGGGAGGAUCGGGGAGAGAGGGCGGGAGGAGGGGCACGCGGGGGUAGAGGUGGGAGAGGAGGGUGGGGAGGAGGAUGGAUGGGGCAGAGGGGCAGCAGGAGGGGGCGUGGGGUACCUGACGGGCCCCCUGUCGGCCCGGGGGGCAGGCGGGCGUGACAGUGUGGCGUACAGCCAUGGCCGAACUCACCAGCUGGCCCACACCCAGCAAGGCGGCUGGCAGGCGCUGGUUACACCCAGGCGGGAUGGCAGGGGCGCAGCGGCAGGGAGGGGCAGAGGCGCGGCGUGGAGGGACCAGGAUGGGUGGUGGGGCCGGCAGGAGGAUGCUGCCAGUGGCAGUGGUGGCAGCAGUUGCGGCAGUGGUAGUGAUGCUAGUUCCAGUGCCUUUUCCCUCCGCCAUUCCACUUCCAGAGGCGCCCACAUAGCACAAGAUGCACUCCCAACCUCACACCUCCCCUCCCUGCGCCUCAGCCCCCCACCCCCACAACGACACUUCCCCUCUUCCCCCCGACCAGCCCCCACCGCCCCUCACCUCCUCCCCUCUUCCCCCCGGCCGCCACCCUCCUCCACUCGACCAAUACCUGUUUCCCCCAGGGCCUUCAACCCCUCGGGCUCCGCGCUCCCCCUCAGAGCGCCGGUCUCCCCGCCUCUCUCGCUGCGCGCGUCCGGGUCACCCCUCUCCAGCCGCCCCUCCGGCUCGCCUCUCUCGCACGGGCUGCCCGGGUCGCCUCUCUCCCAGAUCGCGACUGGCUCGCCUCUGUCGUACGGCGCAUCGGGGUCGCCACUCUCGCAGCUGGGCAGCGACCUGGAGGGCGAGGUGGAGCGCGGGUGGCGCCGCACCGGGGGGCCGUCGUCCCCGCCGCUCGAGGUGUCUCUGCGCAAGUUCAGGCGGGAGCUCAGCGGCUGGGGCAGUGGGGGGACGAGUGGGGCGCAGGGGGAGGAGGGGGAAAAGGGUGGAUUGGUAAGGGUUCGAGUCGAUGGGGCUGGUGGGAAGGAUGGCGGCAUGGUGGGCGGGGUGGGUGGGGGAGAUGAUGUGACGUUUGAGUUCCAGCAUUCGAGUGAGCACAAGUCAAGGGAGGACUUUCUGGGUGUUGAGAGGCAAGGGCAUAAGGUGGGAGCGGAGGUGCGUAUGGUGGAGGGGUAUCGGGCCCACAACCAGCAUGACUGCGAUCACCACUAUCGGCAGCAGCAGCAGCAGCAGCAGCAGGCGGGGUAUCCUGGCGGGUUGGACGCAGAGAGUGUGGAGCAGGCAGUGCGGUCAGAGAUCCUCAUCAUUGACAACUCGUCCGCCAGUGAGAGCGAGGAGGAAGGCGACCACCACCACCCCGCUCUCACUUCCCACCCCAUUCCGAUCCAUGCUCCUGCUCCCGCUCCUGCCACCACGCCCACAGUGCAUGUCCCCCCGUCAACCCCUGCCCUCUUGCUGGCUGCUGCGGGAGCAGCUCUGUCGGCUUCCACAGGCCUCGCUGCUGCACCGCCAUCAGCCACGCCCUUUCCUGCUCUCACCAUGCCCAUGCACGCCAUGCCUGCACUCCCUGCCACUGCUCUCCUGCCGCGAAUUCCCACGCCUGUUUCCCCCCGCCCCCACCCUCUCUCUGCCGCUGCUUCUCCGUCCAGCAACCCCCCAGUUGCGCCCAUGGCUGUGCGUCACUGGGGCGGUCCUCAUGACUGCCAGCCUGCGCACAUGCACAUGCACGCUGCUCCUGACGCCCACAGUAUGGGCGCCGCUGUGAGCGAGCAUGCAGCACGGGCAGCAGCAGGUGCCACUGUAGCAGCAGCAGCUGUGCGUGCACAAGGGGGCAAGCAGGUGCCGCCUCCCACCACUGCUGCUACUGGUGUUACGAGCAGUGGGGGGAAUGCGAGGGCAGGCAGCAUGGGGGAUUGGCUUGAGGGCCAGAAUAUGCACCUGUCUGCUCUGGUUGAAAGCCACGCCACGGGAAUGCAACAGCAGCAGCAGCAGCAGCAGCAGCAGGAGGGAGUGGGGCUGGAGUUUGGCUCGCCAGACCGUGACCAGCAGCAGGGGGGGCAGCAAACAAGCACGGACCCACCUCUGUCGCCGCUCACCCCCCCCCUCUCUCCCCUCCUCCAGCACCGCAUGCUGCUCUUCUGUGGCACUGCCUGCGUGCCCCUCCCCUUUGCCUCUGCUGGCUUGGGCCUCGACACACCCAAGCGCCUCUCAGCCAAAGAUCGGCAGGCUUCUGCUCCUGUUGGCGCUGCUGCUGCAGUGCUGGCGGGAGGAAGGGGUGGAGGCGUAGGCUCAGGCGAUGCAGGAGGAGGAGGGUGCGGAGGAGGGGGAGAGAAGGGAAAGGGUGGAGGAGUAGGAGGAGGAGGAGGAGGUCGAAUGGCACAGAGCAGCUUGCAAAGGGAGGGAAGUGAGGGUGAGGUAGAUGGUGGGGUGGGAGGGCAUGUGAACGAGGAGGGGAAGUCAGGGCAAGGGAGGAGGAGGGACAGGCCUGCUGGAGGUACAGAGGAAACAGCAGAGACGAGCAAGCCAGCAGUGGGACUGACUGGGGGUGGGGGAAGGGGUGUUGCCAGGAGUGCUACAGGGAGUGCUGAAGGGCACAGGGAGGGCCUAGUGAAUGGAGGGUGGGGGUCUCCUGGGGAAGGGCAGGGUAGUGCAGAAGCAGCAGGGCGGGGUGUGGUGGAGAGGAGGGAGUUGAACGAGCAGCGGCGGGCGGGCAGGAGGAAGGGGUCGUGGAGCAGUGCGGUAUUUGAGGGGCUCAUGCUCCGCCGCCAGCGCUCCCGGCUCAAGAAUGAUGCGUAGUGGAGCACACAAACUAUCCCACACGCACACACCCACACACAUACCCUGUUGGAUUGGAUGAUUUCCUUGGGUAUGCCACAGUAGACAGCAGCAGGGCUCUUGCUAGGAUUUGGGGACGUCUGACAUUCAGGCCGGAUUUUUGUGCGCUGUCUGACCAUCAGACGGGAGAAUUGGUGGAGUCUGACGCUUCAGAAGAAAUAAGGCCAGUCUGCACCUUCGGAUGAAAGUUUUUGCGCUGUCUGUAUUUCCAUCUGAAAUGGUGUGAUCGGUCUAGAUAAAGCCCAGGUCCCAAAUUAGUUCGUGAAAGUCAAUGCCCUCUGUGUCAAACAUGUGUAUAUCCUAUGUUUGCAUAGACUGUAUAGGGCCACCUCUUAGAGGGUACAACACUUAGGUAUAUUCACCUGUACUCGCUCUCUACUCUAUCAUUCAGCGCU